AUGUCUAUGCAUCUCCGGCGUACACACGACCUCCUGACAUCGCAACCCCCACGACAUCCGGAUCCCUCCGCGCUCUCCCAAUACGAAUCUUUCCCCUCGCCCAGUGACUAUGCGAGAUUUCGACGCCAGCCCCUUCCCCUCGGCGCGUCUCAUCCUCUCUCGGUCACUCCGGCCCCACUAUCUAUCCAGCCAGCUCAUGCGCAUGCGUCCGUCUCCUCGCACCCUUCUCGUCCUCCCGUCCGCCCUUCUCCAUUACUAGUACUCGCAUCCCACUCUAUGGUCCCAUCCGGUCCGUUCUCCGUGCGCUCGGAGCCAGCACGGGCCCCUCCCGACCAAUCUAGGUACGGCCCCGUCCGCGCGAUCUCGAGCUCGUCCGCUCCCCUCCACCGCGAGUGUCCCCUGUGGCCGUCUCCAUCCCCCGAGGAGGAAACAGCACCAACGACAGCCUCUAUAUCUACGUUCUUGCGUCUGCACACCCUGGAGUCCCGUCAGCCCACGGAGGAAGCGGCAGCUACGACCACCAGCGCGGGUUGGGGCUCGUCCUGCCGCUUCCUCUCGGUGCAGCCACCGCGCACGGGCCUCCCCGCCUGUAUCUGCGCCAGCCCCGUUCCAGCGCCUGACACUAAUCCGAAUUCCCGGAAUUUGCGUUUGUCUCGAGCGGUGCUCGCGUCUCUGCGUCCGCGGGGGCGCAUCUCCAUCCCCGUGCGCAGCUUGGUUCCGACGCUAUAUCCGUACUGUGUCUCGCAGCUCCCGCAGCCCGACGCGUGUCCCGUCCGUCCCGUCUACCUCUGUCGUCGCUACGCAUGUCUCUCCGCGCUCGUCUCCUCUCGUCCGUCGACUCCCACCUCCCACCUGCGGACUCCCGAUGGAGCCCCGACACCCCGUCUCGAGUCCCCGCGGCUCUGCACACCACGUGAGGGUGCGGCGCAUGCUGUUCCUCGUCGGUUGUUCGCGGAGGGAGGGGCGCGCCCCGCACUCAUCUUGCUGCGAACACGCACGGCGCUGCUCCCAUGUGUGUUCCCUCCUCCACACGCCCUCUCAUCCCCGCCGCGCGAUCCUGCAGCGACCAUCCCGCGCGCGUGCUUAUCCCCCAUCGCACGGGCACUGGUCCCGCCUGCGGAUAUUCUGCAGCCCCAAUCCCAGCCUUCGACGUGUUCAGGGGCGGGGACGCGCAGGCUGGCUAGGAGCUCCGAAGACGGAGGACACGGAUCGAUGGCAGUCCCCGCUGCUGUAUUCUGA